CGGAAGUUGCGUGCUCUGCGUGCUCGCUCCCGUCUCUUUCUCUGUGGCGUGGCCGCCAUGCUGUAGUUGCUGGUCCCGGAGCCGCCAUUACCCGCCGCCCAGCACCAUGCCGGCCUACUUCCAGCGCCCCGAGAAUGCCCUGAAAAGGGCCAACGAAUUCCUUGAAGUCGGGAAGAAGCAGCCCGCUCUUGAUGUUUUGUAUGACGUGAUAAAGAGCAAAAAGCACCGAACAUGGCAGAAAAUCCACGAGCCUAUUAUGCUCAAGUACCUGGAGCUCUGCGUGGACCUCCGCAAGAGCCACCUGGCCAAAGAAGGACUUUAUCAAUACAAGAACAUUUGCCAGCAGGUAAAUAUCAAGUCCUUAGAAGAUGUUGUCCGCGCUUACUUGAAACUGGCCGAGGAGCGAACGGAGGCUGCGAAGGAGUCUUCUCAACAGAUGGUUUUGGACAUUGAGGACUUGGAUAAUAUUCAGACUCCAGAGAGUGUUCUUUUAAGUGCUGUGAGUGGAGAGGACACCCAGGACCGUACCGACCGGCUGUUACUGACGCCCUGGGUGAAAUUCUUGUGGGAGUCUUACAGACAGUGCCUGGACCUCCUAAGGAACAACUCUAAGGUGGAGCGUCUGUACCAUGACAUCGCUCAGCAAGCCUUCAAGUUCUGCCUGCUGUACACCAGGAAGGCCGAGUUUCGCAAGCUCUGCGAUAACCUGAGGAUGCAUUUGGGCCAAAUCCAGCGCCAUCAUAACCAGAGUACGGCCAUCAACCUGAACAACCCCGAGAGCCAGUCCAUGCACCUGGAGACCCGGCUGGUCCAGCUGGACAGUGCCAUCAGCAUGGAGCUGUGGCAGGAAGCCUUUAAAGCUGUUGAAGAUAUUCAUGGUCUCUUUGCCCUGUCCAAGAAGCCGCCAAAGCCCCAGCUGAUGGCCAAUUACUAUAACAAGGUGUCCACCGUCUUCUGGAAGUCUGGGAAUACCCUGUUUCACGCGUCAACCCUGCACCGUCUUUUUCAUCUGUCCAGGGAGAUGCGGAAGAAUCUCACCCAAGAGGAAACACAGAGAAUGUCCACCCGGGUCUUGUUGGCAACUCUUUCUAUUCCUAUAACCCCCGAGCGCACGGACAUCGCUCGGCUUUUGGAUAUGGACGGCAUCAUCGUGGAGAAGCAGAGGCGUUUGGCCACCCUGCUGGGGCUGCAGGCCCCUCCGAACCGCGCCGGGCUCAUUAACGACAUGGUCCGGUUUAAUGUCCUGCAGCACGUCGGUCCUGACGUGAAGGAGUUGUACAACUUGCUUGAGGUGGAUUUCCACCCGCUGAAGCUUUGUGGACGCAUCACCAAGGUUUUGGACUGGGUCAGGGAACAAAGCGAGAAGGAGCCAGAACUCCAGCAGUAUAUCCCUCAGCUCCAGAACAACACGAUUCUCCGGCUCUUACAGCAGGUCUCCCAAAUCUAUCAGAGCAUAGAGUUCACCCGGCUCGCCUCCCUCAUCCCCUUUGUGGAUGAGUUCUUGCUGGAGAGGGCGAUAGUCGAUGCGGCUCGUCACUGUGACUUGCAGGUACGCAUUGAUCACUCCUCCCGCACGCUAAGCUUCGGCUCGGACCUGAAUUACUCUACGCGUGAAGAUGCUCCCUUCGGGCCUUUCCUGCAGAACAUGCCGUCGGAGCACAUUAGGAAUCAGCUGACUGCAAUGUCCACAGUGCUUUCCAAGGCUGUUGCCACCAUUAAACCGGCUCACGUGCUGCAAGAAAGAGAGGAGCAGCACCAGCUCGCUAUCACGGCUUAUCUGAAAAACUCGAGAAAGGAGCACCAGCGGAUCCUGGCAAGACGGCAGACCAUAGAAGAGAGGAAGGAACGCUUGGAGAACCUGAAUAUCCAAAGGGAAAAGGAGGAGCUGGAGCAGCGUGAAGCUGAACUCCAGAAAGUGCGCAAGGCGGAGGAGGAGAGGCUGAGGCAAGAAGCCAAGGAACGCGAGAAGGAGCGUAUCCUUCAGGAACACGAGCUGAUCAAGAAGAAAACUGUCCGCGAGCGUCUGGAGCAAAUUAAAAAGACUGAAUUUGGAGCCAAAGCUUUCAAGGAUAUCGACAUAGAGAACCUCGAGGAACUGGACCCUGACUUUAUCAUGGCCAAACAGGUGGAACAAUUGGAGAAAGAAAAGAAGGAGCUGCAGGAGCGUCUUAAGAAUCAGGAGAAAAAGAUCGACUAUUUUGAAAGAGCGAAGCGGCUGGAAGAAAUCCCGCUUAUUAAGAAAGCGUACGAGGAGCAGCGGAUCAGCGACAUGGAGCUGUGGGAGCAGCAGGAGGAGGAGAGGAUAAAGACCUUGCUUCUGGAACGUGAGAAGGCCGUAGAGCACAAGAACCGUCUCUCUCGCAUGGUGGAGGACAGAGACCAGUUUGUGUCCCAGCUGAUGUCCGCUCGCCAGUCUGUGUACGAGGAGAAACUAACUCAGUUCCAGGAGAGGCUGUCGGAAGAGAGAAAGGUCCGUCUGGAAGCACGCAAGCGCCAGCGCAAAGAGGAGAGAAGAAUAAACUAUUACAGACAGAAGGAGGAAGAUGAGCAACGAAAGCUGGAGGAGAGGCUGAAAAAGGAGCGCGAGGAGCUCGAGAGAAUCGAGAAUGAAAAGAGAGAAGCCGAAGAGCGUGAAUAUCAGGAGCGCAUCCGGAAGCUGGAGGAACAGGAGCGCAAGAAGCGCCAGAGAGAGCUGGAGAUCGAGGAGCGUGAGCGGCGCCGCGAGGAGGAGAGGCGAGGCGGCGAGGAGCCUAUAAAGAGGGACGGCGCAUGCUGGGCAGACAAAGAAGCUGAUAGCGGCUGGCGGCGCGCCGGUGAAACUCCACAGAGGGACUGGCGAAAGGGGGCACCGGAUGUUGAAAAGAACCCUGGUGAUGAAGAGAAGCCGGAUGAUGAAGAUGAAGGGGUUGGAAGAAAGGAUGCCGGCGAAAGGCAGGCUUCACGUGCAGACGAUGACCGGGGUCCUGCUCGUGGUUUUGAAGACAGGGGGCCACGCCGUGCUCUUAUUGAAGAUAAAGUUCCAAGGCGCGAUGAGGAGGAACGUAAUUCAUGGCGUAGUGCUGGUGAUGAUGGUCCCCCUAGGCGUGGCUUUGAUGAUGAUCGCCCCGCACCCAGGAGGGGCUUUGAUGAUGAUCGCCCCGCACCCAGGAGGGGCUUUGAUGAUGAUCGCCCCGCACCCAGGAGGGGCUUUGAUGAUGAUCGCCCCGCACCCAGGAGGGGCUUUGAUGAUGAUCGCCCCGCACCCAGGAGGGGCUUUGAUGAUGAUCGCCCCGCACCCAGGAGGGGCUUUGAUGAUGAUCGCCCCGCACCCAGGAGGGGCUUUGAUGAUGAUCGUCCCGCACCCAGGAGGGGCUUUGAUGAUGAUCGUCCCGCACCCAGGAGGGGCUUUGAUGAUGAUCGUCCCCCUCCCAGGAGGGGCUUUGAUGAUGAUCGCCCCGCACCCAGGAGGGGCUUUGAUGAUGAUCGCCCCGCGCCCAGGAGGGGCUUUGAUGAUGAUCGCCCUGCUCCCAGGAGGGGCUUUGAUGAUGAUCGCCCCGCUCCCAGGAGGGGAUUUGACGACGACCGCCCAGCGCCCAGGAGGGGCUUUGACGACGACCGCGGUCCCAGGAGGGGCUUUGACGACGACCGUCCCGCGCCCAGGAGGGGCUUUGACGACGACCGUCCUGCGCCUAGAAGGGGCUUUGACGAUGAAAAGGGACCACGCCGAGGCUUUGAUGAUGACCGGACUCCAAGAAGAGGUUUGGAUGAAGAUCGUGGUUCUUGGCGUGGCGGAGAUGAUGACAGAGGCCUGGGACGUGGUGCGGAUGAUGACGGCGGUCCGGCACCUUGGAAGCCAUAUUCAGCAACCAAAUCCGGGGGUUGGCGUGAACGUGAGAAGGCCCGUGAGGACAGUUGGGGUCCGCCACGUGAUUCAAAGCCUUCAGAAGAUAAUGACUGGUCCAGGAGGGAAGGAAAAGAUACAGACCUCGACCCUGAGCCCGUGAGACGUCCCGUCAGAGAGGAGUCAGCCUGGCGCCGCGGAGGAGACGACCCGGAUAAAGAUGACGGUCGUGAAAAAGAGGAAAAACGCAGACCCUUUAAAACAGACAGAGAAGAGCCAAAUCCGUGGCGGCGCGGGGAGGACAAAGACAUCCGGCAAGAAGAGCGCGGCACACCUCGCCGAGCCGCACCGGCAGACAAAGAGAAAAGCGCGUGGCGCUCAGAGAAGAAAGAAGAUAAAGACGCUCCCCGUCGGUCCAAGAUUGAAACAGACGAUGAUGGCUGGACUACGGUGCUGAGGCGCUAGGUAUACGGAGCUUCUCCAGGAGGCCAGACUUUCAUUAGUGAAAUUCCUAUUCCUCCCCAGCCAUCCCCUGCCCUAAAGUGUUAAUAAAACGUGACGUCUGCAUUCCUCUCUCUGAUCUCCUCUUUACUCGCCUGAGACUUCUGGAAUUUCCUUCGCCCAGCAAUCUCCCGAAAUACGUCUGAAACGCAAUGUAUUUUAUCUCUUUAACCUAAAUCAUUGGCUUCUGUAAUAAAAAUCCUUCAUAUGUUG